GCGUGAACAAAAACAAAAACGGUGUGUUCACGGCAGCCUACCUCGCAGGCGCAGGCGCUCGCGGUGAACCCCCUUGACAGACAUUUUUUCGCUGGAUCCGUCAAAUUUGUGGCAUUUCGGGCAGGACUGUUAUCGCUUGGGGAUCGAAUCGGUGGUGAAAAUAUAGUAAAAUUGCAAAAAUAGUUUAAAAGUGGUCGGUUUUCGGCAGUUUGGGCUAGUUUUUGUUGGUUGUUUGCGUACUGAUUUAGGUUUAGGUGAAGAAAUUUUCGAUUUUUUGUAUGGCAUUUGGCCUGGAAAGCAUCUUUAAUUGGUCUGCAAAAUGUGACAUUUUUCUUCUGGCCAAUUAACCAGUGCUGCGACAAUUCGACCAGCUUCCAAUCAAUCUGUUUUUAAUGUAACUUUCGAGUCUGGUUUGCGAUAAAUCUUAUACUAACUUAGUCCAAAAUGGGGAAAAAUGUCAAUUAAUUUGUAAAUCCUGCGAAAUGCGACAAACCGCAUUAUAUCAUCGACCGGAAAGACGAAGAAAAAACUUUGCAUAGAAAAUUGGCCCUCUUCUCUGCGCUGCGUCUUGUUCUUCUUCACCUUGGAGCUGACUGGGGCUGCUCGUGCUGCUGCAUACCUUACAGGCGCAGUCGAGCCCUGUGUACAAAGUGGUCAGUGUGAUAUCUUUAUUGCAAAUCAUUGCCGUGUUAAAUUGACUGAAAAUAGGGAGAGAGUCUCGAGAACGUGUUUCUUGGAAAGUUAUAUAAUAAAAUUAAAAUUUCAACACCGAAUCAACGAACCUAUCCCGAAGGUGGUAAUAAUUAAUCAGCGAGAGUGGCGCUGAAUCAUGGCGAAGAAGAUCCCUUUCAAGGUGGUGUUCGCCUCAGACGAAGACUCCGACUACCCGGCAAGCGAACUGAACAGUCACAGCCCCACCGUGCACGGCUGGCGCUCGAACAGCUCGAGUCCGGUGACGCCAAAGGAGAUUGUGCUCCGAUUUUUCAAUCCAGCUCGUAUCUACCGGAUCCAGGUCCUGGCUCAUCAGCAUUACAUACCGGAACGUAUCGAGCUAUGGUUGCACUACUCAAGCAAAAGCGCCCCAAGUACACCGUCCAGCCAGAGCUUCGAGUACAUGGGCUUCGUCGCGCUGUCAGACAACUCGAGCACGAACUUCACGUCACGUGAGCUGCAGAGCGUAACUGUUGCGCCGAAGGUCGGCUCGCACCUCAAGCUACGGCUUGGUCCGCCCCACUCGAACAAGUUCAACGUGGAGAACCAGGUGGCGCUGCUCGCCAUCAACAUACUGGGCGAAGAGCUGACCCCGGAGGAACUGACGGCGAUUCAGUCCAACACGGCACUGCUUAGCGCCACCCCAGCGAACAUUGAAACGCUGAACAGCUCGCUUGCUUCCGUGUGCGAUGAUCUGUCCUACUCGAUGUACGUCGAGGAAAGUAUCUGCGAUGUGGUUCGCAGGAUGGAACUGCUCAAGGUGCAAGCGGUGCAAGGUGAACGCUUCGAGUACGCUCGCAAGCUGAAGCUGUGCAUGACCGUGCUGCGGACAGCUGGCGAACGGCUGGGACGGUACGCGCUGGCAAAGCGGCAAGCCGUCCAGCAAGAAGACUUUACCACGGCACGGUUGCGCAAGGAACAGAUCGAAAUGUACCGCAAAGCCGUCUUCAACCAGCUGAAAGUGGACACGCUGCUGCGAAGCGACAAGAGCGUCACGAGUAAUGAUUCCUGCUCGGAGCUGUAUGCUUCGAAACCGAUGUUGCCUUCACCGCCAAGCUUGCAGGAUGUCGCAAGUGCUUUAUCUGAAACCGCGUUACCUACCGUGGUCGAGGUCGCCAGCCGGCAACCGCAGCAGCAGCAUCAGCAACCACCAAACCCAACGGAUACGACUGACUCGACGAAUACCACCACCAGCUCGACGGCUUCCAGCAGUGGAGCUGCGGCGGCAAGCAGACUGCACGAAGCGACAGCGUCCAGCAAAUCGCAACACAAUCUCUCCAGACCUGAGGACAUUCCGAACUCCCCGCUACUGAGCCACAAGGGGCGCAGUCCUAUGCGGUCCCCUACCAACACCGGCACGGGAUCGCUGCGACGACGGAACAAGAGUGCCCCCAGGAACAGCUACGAAGACUACGACGAACGUGCCAUCUCCACGGCAGGGGAGUGCCAGAGUGCUCUGCUGGAGAGCGAAACCGGCCGGGUGCGGUCAAAGCUGAACGAACGCGAGCGGCGCCAGGCAGCGCUGCCGAUCCUCAUCUUUGGGAUGGAACUGGUCGAGCUGAUCUACUCGCGGCAGUACACCGACCGCGAGGAGGGUCUGGUACGGUUGCGGAGCAUCCUGAAGCGGGAAGGCGACGAAGAUCAGUCCGCUGGGCCGAACAAGAUCUGCCGCAGCGCUACGCUGCUGCUGCACCGUGGAGUUCGCGACGCGGUGUUUUCCGUGUUUAGCCAGGCUACCGAGUCGGUGCGGUCACUUUUUAUGGAAUUUGUGCCAAAUAGAGUGUCCCCGAGUGAGGUUGCCCGAUCGGUGGAUCGCUUGCUGCCGGAGCUGCUGUCCAAGAGUGGUGAUCCUUCGGCGAGGGUUCACACGCUAGCUCAGCACACGAUUCUGAGCAUCGCCGCCUGUCAGGAGGUGCGUGAUCAGCACCUAAUCGCUCCGGCUUUGUCGAGACCGGUAGGGAAUGGGACGCACCCGAGGUUGGCGCUGAGCCGCAUGCAGAUGCUGGAGCAGCUGGUGCUGAGUCAGGGUAUCUCCAGCGAUAAGCAAAGUGGGCUAGCUUGUCGAACUCUGUCCGAAGCGGGCUGUUCCGGAAUUCAUCACCCGGCCGAAUCGGUACGUAAGGUCGCCGAACGGGUUCUGCUACUCGUUUAUAAGGUAAAUCCUCGAUUGGUACGGAAGCAGCUACCACCGGAUGAUGACAUAACUCGUAGGAAUCUACUUUACCGACAGCUGUUCACGGAAUUCGAUAAGAUCGAUCUGCAGCGAAAGAAGGAAAUGCUAGAGAACAAACACUUCAGCGGACCCACGUCCUUCGCAGGCAUCUGCUCGCCGCCAAUGUCCAACAGUUCGAAGAACUCCCCGCCGGUGGAGAUUCGCAGCCGGGCGCUGCGCUACGACUCCGCGGGCAGUUCCGGCGGCACCCGAGGCGGCAAUGUCAGUUUCUCCGACGGUACGCAUUUUGGUUGGCACUCGAAUUUCAACUCCUCAUUGCAGGAUUCCAACUUGAGUCCGGUGCGGCGGCCGGCGGAUUCAGCUGGAAUCAUCAAGAGCAAGAGUGGGCACGCUAUCGGGCAUCACCACUGGGCCAGCGAGGACAAGUGCGAAAGUUCCUUCUACGAGAAGCCGGACUGCAACGGGAAGACGACGCUCGAGGGUGGUGUACCGAAGCAGACGUUGAGCCAGCCGAAGACGUUGCUGUACGACAGUACGGUGGGAUUCCUAGGGUCGGAAAACGGAGCCGGAUCGAGGAAGAGCUCUAACUCGGACUCGUUCGAAGGGAUCGAUAACGAGAUCCGCUGUCCGUUCUGUGAUUGGAUCUGCCACGGAGAUCCGGCGCAACUCGAUAAGCAUUACUGGAAGGCGUGUCCAGUGCUGACAAAGUGUCCUCAGUGCAGCCAGAUACUGGAGGUUGCGGCUCUGUCACCACAUUUGAUAAAUGAAUGUGAGGCAAAGGCGAGCUAUGUUAGUUGUGAACGUUGCACUGAAUCUGUACACAAAGAUCUGUACGAAUACCAUAUGAUGGAAGAUUUUUGUAGGGAACUAACAACCGGAGCCGCUCGGUGUCCGCUGUGCCACGACGAUGUGCUGCUUCCGCUGGACGGUGGCUGGAAGCGCCACCUGCUAAGUCGCUCGGGUUGCCUUGGGAAUUCCCGCAGACGGGCCAAAGUCUAAUCAACUAUCUCUUUCAGCAAACAAGGGUGAUGGCCACCUAACGACUAUUUUACGUAGUGCAGAAACAAAAACAACAGUCGCGCUUUCUAGCAAGUUUUAAAACUUUCGAUAACACCACUCAUACACACUCAAUCUCACAGGGCAGCAAACAAUGGCAGCAGCUAGGCUUUAUAAACUGUACGCAUUUUAAUGCUAAAACGAAUGUGCUAAGCGAAAGCAGUAGGUAGAAGUUUCGAAAUUAAUCAAAAAUGAGCAAACACAACAGCACCAAAACUAACACGAGCACGAUUACGAUUUUAAAAUAGUUACUGUGACUGGUUAGUGCAAGCAUGUUUGGAGACAGUCACAGUUUUUUUCAGAAAAUUUUCAAAAAUACAAUUUUUGACUAAUCAAGCAAAACAUAAUAAUAGAACCAACAACUGUUAGUGCAAUGAAUAACUUUAUCGAGUUUAACAACAAGAAAAAACGGAACUUACAUUUACAAGACGACGACGACAAAUGAUGGUAUAUUUGAAGACAAUUCAGUGUAGGGAUUUUUGUUACGUAGAUUUUUUAAAUACGGCAGUAUUGAAAUAGAUUUUUUUCCUGAGUAGACUAGAAAUUUUGCCUCCUUAAACGAAAUGAUAACUUAAACAAAAUUAAAACAAGUAAAAAAACUCGUAAAUAAACAGUCCAUGAAACCAUGAAAGUAUUUCCCGUCCUCAAUAAGUCAAGAAUAAAUAGUCACCUCUUUUCAAUUCAAACAC